AUGAGUCCAUUCAUGAAGUCGUCCUACCAAUUUAUCAUCGUUUCCACGAUCUUGUUCUGUUCCCUAUCCAUUAACCCGGGUGCUAAUAAUGUCGAUCCCCAGUUGAUAGAUGUUCCUUUGCCUGUGUUCAAAAAUUCAUUGGAGAAAACCAUGGAAGCUGUGCAAAAUGUAGCCUCAGCCAUGUCACAUAUGCAUGUUGGUGAAGAUGCUAAAAAUUCUACGAAUAUGAUCAUUUCAUAUUGUGAGGGUUUGCUUGGUGAAACUGUUGAAGUAUUGAAUUGGUCCCUUUCCACAAUUCAUGAUUUGAAAGGUGAUGUGGUUUCCCAUAUGAGAACAUGGCUGAAUACUUCUCAUUACAGAGAAAUGACAUGCAUGGAAGCUUUUAAGAAUGGUAUCGACUCAAGGGUUUCAGAGAGCCUCAAACAUGCGACCAGACUAAUCGAUGAGGUCAUCGGCAUGAUCCAAGUGCAGCAACACGAUUACCAAAAUGUCGAUCAGCCUUUACUACUAUCCGGUGGGACGAAUUUCGAAGACGCAAAAUUUUCCAAGACGCCAAAUGUAACAGUUUCUCAGGAUGGGAGUGGGAAUUUUAAUCGAAUAAUGGAUGCCAUUGCGGCUGCACCAAGUCAUAGCCAGCAGCGGUUUGUGAUAUUUAUCAAGAAAGGAAUUUACAAAGAAUAUGUGAAAAUUGAUCCCACAAAGACUAAUCUGGUCUUGAUUGGAGAGGGCAUGGACGUUACUACCAUAUCUGGCAACAGAUGCAAUGCUAGUGGUUGGCAAACAGUUGAUUCAGCCACAUUUGCUGUACGUGCUGAAGGAUUCAUAGCAAUGUACGUAGGGUUUGAGAACACUGCGGGGCCAAAUAAGUAUCAGGCAGUUUCACUUUCAUCCUACGGCGACCAAUCAGUUUUCUACAGGUGCAAGAUGAGUGGAUAUCAAGACACAUUGCUGGUGCAGUCCGGUCGCCAGCUCUACCGAGAAUGCACGAUCAGUGGCACCAUCGACUUCAUCUUCGGCUACGGCACUGCCGUUUUCCAAAACUGUAAAAUUCUUGCUAGGAAAAAUCUUGAAGGUGCACAAAACACACUCACUGCGCAUGGUCGAUUUGCUGCAGAUCCUUCAGGGUUCUCAUUUCAAUUUUGCAACGUUGAGCGGGACUCCGAUCUAGGGGGUAAUGUUGCUUCUUCGCCCACGUACUUAGGUCGACCAUGGGGAAAAUAUUCACGUACUAUAUUCAUGCAGUCAUAUAUGAGUAAUGUAAUAGUGCCCGAGGGUUGGCUGGAUUGGAAUGGAUUUGGUGGGCUUGGCACUUUAUAUUAUGCGGAGUACAUGAACAAAGGGGGUGCCUCGACUGUAGGUCGGGUCAAGUGGCCCGGCUAUCAUGUAAUUGCCAAGGCAUCCGAGGCCAAAUUGUUUACCGUAACCAAGUUUAUAGAUGGUGACUCAUGGCUGCCAUCCACCGGUGUCCCAUACGCACCAGGAUUGGAUCAAGUUUGAUCACAGUUUGGAAGUCAACAAGAUAGAAGAU